ACAUUUCUACUAUCUUGUUUUUUAUUCAUGUUUACAGAAUACACAUUGUGGAAACAGGAUGAAGUUGACCAGUGAGAAGUUGCCCAAGAACCCCUUUUAUACCUCUCUAUUCCAGUAUGGUGCUAAGAACCCAAAAUUCUUCCAAUGGAGGAAGGAAAAGACUGAUCGUUACAGCCAUGCGAAUUUGGUGGAUAAGGCAUUGCAGCUCUUGAAGGAAAGAAUAAGAAGAGGGGAUGCUAUGGCAUAUUUCCUCCGAGGCCAACUAUAUUUUGAAGAGGGAUGGUAUGAAGAAGCAUUAGAACAGUUUGAAGAAAUCAAGGAAAAAGACCAUCAAGCAACUUACCAGCUAGGAGUAAUGUAUUAUGACGGGCUGGGGACACCUACAGACGCUGAAAAAGGAGUGGAAUAUAUGAAGAAAAUUGUUGAUUCUCCAUGUCCCAAAGCAAGACACUUAAAAUUUGCAGCUGCCUACAACCUUGGAAGAGCUUAUUAUGAAGGGAAGGGCGUCAAACGAUCAGAUGAGGAAGCUGAAAGACUGUGGCUUUUUGCUGCAGACAAUGGAAAUCCAAAAGCUAGUGUGAAGGCUCAAAGUAUCCUAGGAUUGUAUUAUUCAACAAAAGAGCCUAAAGACUUAGAAAAGGCAUUUUAUUGGCACUCGGAAGCAUGUGGCAAUGGAAAUCUGGAGUCCCAGGGUGCACUUGGACUAAUGUAUUUUUAUGGACAAGGCAUCCGCCAGGAUACUGAAGCCGCCUUGCGGUGCUUACGGGAAGCAGCAGAACGUGGAAAUGUCUAUGCUCAAGGGAAUCUCGUGGAGUAUUACUAUAAGAUGAAAUUUUUUACUAAGUGUGUUACAUUUUCCAAAAGGAUUGCUGACUACGAUGAGGUUCAUGACAUCCCCCUGAUAGCCCAGGUCACGGACUGUCUCCCGGAAUUCAUCAUCAGGGGCAUGGCCAUGGCAUCUUUCUACCAUGCCCGAUGCCUUCAGCUUGGCUUGGGUAUCACAAAGGAUGAAGCAACAGCUAAACACUACUAUUCUAAAGCUUGUCGUCUGAAUGCUGCAUUGGCAGAUGAACUUCACUGUUUACUUAUUCGUCAAAGAAUCUAG